AACCUAGUCCAUGCUGCCACAAAUUAUUGGUAAUCCCCACACUUUUCAUUCUGCAUUUCCUUGGUCUAAGUACACAAUCACUCGGGAAUUCUGCAUAUAUCUGCAAGGCAAUGAACAUUUGUUAUUAAAUGACUCAUUAUUGUAGAUGUAUUAAGUUUUAUUCUUGUUAAUCAUUUUCCUGAAUAAAUACUGGCUGUAAAACUGUUUAUUCAUUAUUAUUUUAUUAUUAUUAUAUUAUAAAUGCACAUCAGAAUUAUAAUCAAUCACAUAUUCCCUGUUCCAUCCUUAUAUCUAUCGAUUGAUCUACUAUCCCAGAAUCUAUAUAUCUGUUUUGAAUCUGCUCACCACCUGAGCAUUAAGAGUCCUUAGGAAAUGGAGAAGAAAAACAAAUCUGAAUUCUUUGAAUGGGAAAAAUCUCCUAAAUGGUUUCCUUCUCCCUUAGCACCCCCUCCACCGCACAACCAUUCCUCGUUUUGGGCCCUAGCCCUAAAUUCUUCAGUUUCAGAAAACACAUCUUCAGUAACCACACUAUCAAAGUCUCUCGUUAUGUUCAAUAUUUUAAUAAAGUCACCUCUCUUAGACCCCACAAGUUAAUUUCCCCUCAAAUGAGAAUUUCUAAUCCAGGAAUUAAUCCAGUUAUGUUUGUUCUACUACCUCCAAAGCAAAUAUGUCCUCGAGUAUUAUACUUCCAUGGACAAAGGUGGCCAAACCUCCUCACAUGGAUUUACUAGACCUUCAUAUUGUUUCAGCAGAAAAUCUGGAUGUCUAUGCUGUAUCCUCCCAGUGGUCAAUUUGCCUUCCCACAUCCUUACUAUAUCUGUGAGUUAACUUCCUGUUUUUCAUAAAAUGACACACUAAGUCUCCCCUGUAUAUUAACAUUUACCAGUGUUUCACCAUUUACAAAUAGACUGCUCUAUCAAAAUGAAUGAUCUCUCACUUUCACACGUUUUUUCCUUAUCAUUCACCUAACCCACCUUAUCUUACGGCAAAUGGUCGGCAGCUCAAUUUUGCAUCUAGCACUGUAUUGUCAGCAACUAAAAACAUUGAUCUCUAUCCUUUGGCUUGUUAUUGAUACGGAUUGCAAGUAAUCUAAGGCCCAAUAUUGAUCCUGGUGGCACCCUGCUAUUAAAAUAAAGGCUUAUUUCUCCUGUUAUCUGUCUCUUGAAUGCCUCUUUUCACUAUUUAACCUCAUUAACCUUUUUUUUAAAUAAUCUUCAGUGUGGCGCCAUGCUAAAUAUCUUCUAAGAAGCCAGCUAUAUAUUAAUGAUAGCUUUUUAUCUAUCUUGUCGAGUGUGUCCCUAAAUAACUCCCAGAGUUGACAGAAUUUACAUAAACAGUAUUGAUUCUGCCUCAUUACGAAUUUUUCUGAGUGCCAUGUUCCAACUUCCGACAAUGAUAGUAAUCAACAAUCCUCUUUCCCUUCCCCAUAUCCUUCUUUCUUGAAAAGCUUUAUGGCAUUUGCUACAUUUCAGUCCACUGAUUGAUUCAGAAUUUAAAAAUGUUGAAAGAUCAAAUCUACACAUCCAAUGUAGAAUCAUAAGCAAAGGAACAGGCCUUAGCCCAUCAGGUCUACACCCAACCAUCAAACACUAUUCUACAAACGUUUGUAUAUUAAUUUCAUUCUCAAUACUUGGUCCAUAGUUGAAGUGAUUCAAUACCUGUGAAGCUAUCCCUUUUAGAGAUUCUGUACAAUUGAUUUGUCAGUGUUUCAAAAUUUAAAUUAAAUUUAUUAUCAAAUUAUCUAUAUGUCACCAUAUGCUACCUUUAGAUUCAAGAAUGUUUGAUACUCUUGGAAUGCCACGUUUUCAUUUCAAGGUCUGUAAGGUUAAUGAUAAAGAGAAGGGUAUUUCUUCUGAGACUUUCUAUCCUAGAUCAGAUUUCCUUGCUCUGUAAUCCUUUAAAUGCUUUCAACUUUGAUGAAACUGCUAUAUAAGAUUAAAGGGCAAGGAAAUUUGAACCUCUGGAAAUUACAUUAUAAUUGUCUUUGCAAAUCUGUGAACCUGGUGAGUCAGGGUAGGCCAUUUCUCUGUUCCAUUGUUUCACUUUAUCUUGCUGAAAUAAAUCCACAAGCAGCAAGGGAAAGCUUAGCUAACAACUUUUCGGGGAAAAGUGAUUCCUCUAGAAUUUACACUUCGCUAAAGGCUAAACUGAACGCCCGUGAACAUACAUUCAUUUCAGCAGUUUAUCAAAUGCUUGAACAUAAUGCUAAACAUAAAUAUCACUGAGUAUAAAACUUAAAUGCUCAUUUAAAAUAAAGUGAAACUACACUCGAAAAAAAUUUAUAAUAUUUCAAACGUCUUUCGUGAGAGCUUGCUGGCUCUCGACACACCUUUUAUCGGUGUAUUUUGUUUAAACUUGCCCACUUCAUUUCGCAAUUAUCUGUAUCCUUAAUCCAAGGCGUCAUUAUUGCUUUCCGGUCAGCCUUUUUGAGGGGAAAAAUAGGCUUUCAGUGUAAAAUAUUUUAAUAAAUCGCAUUGGGUAGGGCGGAGCAUUCCCCAUUCUUUGUUUUAUUAAGGGGAUUAUUGAUAUUCAAUUAAAGAAAUCACAUCUGUAGUUCACAGCACUCAGUGAUUAUUGCAGGAGUCCUCUCGGCAAGCUUUCUUCUGCCUCGGUCUAGCAGCAGCCGCAAGCCAUCAGUGUCAAACAAAAGUCUGCUUCAGCUCCUCCUCCUCCAGCACUUCCCACCACCGAGGCAAAGACGCAGCUCAAGGGGGCGGAUGUCCCGUCCCUCCUCCUCAAUUGAUUGGCUUGGUCGAACUCAAAGCCGACGAAACACUUUCAACCCUGUGCCCUAGCCCUGGUACGACUGGCCGAAAGAGCUGUCAAUCUGGAGGGAAGCCCUCGGUUCCUUCCUUCAGCCUCUCAGCGACUGCGCUUUGUGAGGGCGGUAUUAAUGUUAAUGAAGGAAAGCCGGAGCUGGAGCAGAAAGACUGAGAAAUAGAGAGAGAGAGUGGGAGAAGAGAAAAGGAAGAAAAAGUUACUUGCCCCUGACGUCAAAUGUAAACAAGAUGGCGAUCCGGGGAGAGUGGAGAAGAGGAGGAGAGAGAGGGGAGAGAGUGGGAGUGCCACACAUACUUGAAAUGUGCUCUUGCACUCAAGGAGUUGACUUGCUGAGAAGCCAGCCCUGACAACGCGUUCAUUUCUUACCGUCAACUUUCCCCCCCUUGUGUGUUUUCUAUGAUAUAUUUAAAAAGGAAAAAAUGCACAGAAAAAAAAGUCAAACAAAAUGCGUGAAUCUCUCCAAGAAACGGAAAAGGAUCCGCCUGCAGUGAAACCCAAGAACUUCCUUCAGGUUGUGACAACUUGGAAGAAAAGGAGCCAGACUUAAGUUGAGUUGGUAGCCCUGGGCAGAGGAAAGACCCUUUCUUUUUACAAGGGAAUAUGAAUUUUCUCUCUUUACUUAAAAGAAUUUAAAAUGGACAUUUAAACAAAGACUCCGCAGUUUGCUAUGGUGGAGUAGAUUACUGGCUAUCCAGUAUAUGUGUGUGUGUGUAUGUGUGAGAGAGGACAGGUGGGAGACCCCUCUCCUGCAGGGAUAUGGCUGUAAGGUCUCGCAGACCGUGGAUGAGCGUGGUGCUGGGACUGGUGCUGGGUUUCACCGCCGCUUCGUGGCUUAUCGUGCCCAGGGUGGUUGAGAUCAACGGCAAGAACAAAAGGAUCUCCAACAUCUGCCAUUCGUUGCUGAGCAGAGCCGGGAUCGCGAGGGAGGCAGCGGCGGGCGCCAGCAACAGCAAUAGCAGGAGCUUGGGCUGGCACAAAGACACGGUGCUGCUCAGCAAACUGCGGCAGCGAGAGGAGGCUGAAGAGGAGGGGGAGGACGAGGAGGAGGAGGCGGAGGGAAGGCAAGGGGCGAGCGACAAGCAUUUCCUCUACGUUGGGGUGAUGACAGCUAAAAAGUACCUGGACUCACGGGCGGUGGCCGCCUAUCGCACCUGGGUGCCAUCCAUCCCGGGCAAGGUAGAGUUCUUUUCCAGCGAGGGCUCCGACCAGUUGCCCCUGCCCGUGCCCAUCCCUCUGGUGUCGCUGGCCGGGGUGGACGACUCGUAUCCGCCGCAGAAGAAAUCCUUCAUGAUGCUCAAGUAUAUGCACGAUCUUUACCUGGAGCGUUACGAGUGGUUCAUGCGCGCCGACGACGACGUUUACAUCAAGGGCAGCCGGCUGGAGGAGCUACUGCGCUCGCUGAACAGCAGCCAGCCGCUCUACCUGGGGCAGACUGGCCUGGGCACUAGCCAGGAACUGGGCAAGCUGGCCCUCGAGCCCGGCGAGAACUUCUGUAUGGGCGGUCCCGGCAUGAUCUUCAGCCGGGAGGUGCUGCGUCGUAUGGUGCCGCACCUGGGCGAGUGCUUGCGCCAAAUGUACACCAGCCACGAGGACGUGGAGAUCGGCAGGUGCGUGCGGAGGUUCGGCGGCACCCAGUGCGUCUGGUCGUAUGAGAUGCAGCAGCUGUUCUAUGAAAAUUACGAGCACAACAAAAAGGGAUACAUUCAGGAUUUGCACAACAGCAAGAUUCAUAACGCUAUAACACUCCAUCCCAACAAACGGCCCUCCUAUCAGUACAGACUGCAUAAUUAUUUGCUAACCCGUAAAGUUUCAGAACUACGCCAUCGGACCAUCCUGUUGCAUCGAGAAAGUGCUUCUAUGAGCAAGCUGAGCAAUACUGAAGUGCGCAGGGAGGAUCAACAACUUGGAAUGAUGCCUUCUUUUAUGCGUUUCCAGCCGCAGGAUAGGAACGAGGUCCUUGAGUGGGAAUUUCUGACUGGGAAACACCUUUAUAGCAUGGUAGAAACACAAAUCCCUCGGCAAGGCAUCAACAGCAUGCUGCGUGCAGCACUGGAUGACACCAUAAUGCAAAUUAUGGAAAUGAUCAACUGGAACUCCAAGACCAGGGGACGUGUAAUUGAGUUUAAAGAAAUUCAGUAUGGCUACCGCAGAGUUAAUCCCAUGCAUGGAGCAGAGUAUAUCAUGGAUCUGUUGCUACUUUAUAAGAAACACAAAGGAAGAAAGGUGACUGUUCCUGUGAGACGCCAUGCUUACAUUCAACAAUCUUUCAGUAAACCAUUCAUGAAGGAGGCUGAAGAAAUUAAUGCCAGAGAGCUUGCGGAAAGUAUAAACAAUGAUGCUCAGUCAUUCUCCUUCCUCUCAAACUCACUGAAGAUCUUUUCACCAUUCCAAUUCACAGAGAGCACCAAAGAGCUUAAGCAACGUAAUGACCAGAAAGUUCACAUCCUAGUCCCUCUCACUGGAAGGUACGACAUAUUUGUGCGGUUCAUGGAGAACUUCGAGAAAACUUGCCUUAUUCAAAAGCAGAAUGUAAAACUAUCCAUAUUGUUAUUCAAUUCUGAUUCAGUCCCAAAUGAAGGCAAUCACAUGGAGUUAAUGAAAGAACUUAACCUGAAGUAUCCUAAAGCAGAUAUGACAAUUCUCCCAAUGAGGGGAGAAUUCUCCAGAGGCUUGGCACUAGAAAUGGGUUCCUCUUCAUUUCACAAUGACAGUUUGUUGCUCUUCUGUGACGUUGACUUAAUUUUUACGCCAGACUUUCUGCAAAGAUGUAGGGACAAUACAAUUCAGGGAGAACAAGUUUAUUUUCCUGUAAUCUUUAGUCAGUAUGACCCAAAAAUAGUUUAUGGUAGUAACCCUGUAAAUGAUAACAACUUUGUUUUCACAAAGAAGACCGGUUUCUGGAGGGAUUAUGGCUUUGGAAUUGUUUGCAUAUACAAGAGCGAUUUAUUGCAAGUUGGUGGAUUUGAUACCUCCAUUCAGGGAUGGGGCCUGGAAGAUGUUGAUCUUUUUACUAAGGUGAUUUCUUCCGGCUUGAAUGCCUUUAGAAGCCAAGAAAUUGGGGUUGUCCAUGUUUACCACCCUGUUCACUGUGAUCCCAAUAUAGAUCCUAAGCAAUACAAGAUGUGUCUAGGGUCCAAAGCAAGUACAUUUGGAUCAACAAUGCAGCUGGCUGAACUCUGGCUUGAAAAGCAUUUAAAUGGUGGAUACAAUAGAACUAUAUCCUGACACUCAAGCUCCUUAUCUCACUCUUCAAAGGAUUUUACCUCAGAUUUUUACAUUAUUAUGCUUUUGGUUCUCCAGUCACCUCUUCCAAAGAAGAUUUUCAAAGCAUUAAGACAAGGUGAAUAACAUUCAUGAAUAUUUUAAUGUCCUAUGGAAAGUGCUUUGAAAAUGGGUUAUUUUGAUCUUUGCCUAAGCUGGGGAGAUUCAAAACACCUGAGAGUUCUGUCAGUUGCAUUCCUCGUGCAGGCUUUGUAAAAGUGCUUCUUGUGUCAGAAUCUGAACUCCAAAAUCAAAACUGAUAUGUUGGAAAUUAUGCCACAAAAGUGCUUUAAGCUUCAAGUGGGAAAGAACUAUUGUAGACUUUUUAAUUUAUGUUCAGACUUUAAAAUUGUUGACAUUCACCAUCUGCAGUAUUUUUAAAAAAAAACUAUGUGAACAAAUGUAUGAUUGUAUGUUUGCUUUUAAAAACUUUUAUGUGGGAAUAUAUUCUCACAAGAUUACAGGUACUGGUGACCAAGCUCUAAUUGUCAGAAAUGUAUGUAUUCCGUGUAAUGUGUACAGCGAGUUUAGAUGACUCCUGGUUUCUUCAAGUGGAAACAUGCUGCAAGUAGGCAUGUAUCUUCAUUCCUUUAGCUUUGUGUCUUUAAAUGCCCCUACAGUUUGCCGCUUAGAAAUCAUCUGAGAACAAUCCUAUUUAUAAUAAAAUAUCUGCAUAACAUUAUUUGAC